GCGAGUGUGGGGCAUCUCUGGCAUCACUGGUCCCAUCUGAAAACACUGAAUAACAGUUCUAUACUAACAUUGCUAACCUGUUUCUCUUUUUUUAACAUAUGCCAUAACUGUUGAUAUGAAAAACUAAUUUAUAUUAUAUCGCGUAUUGCGUAAGAUGUAAAUAUUUAUUACGACGUAUUAUAGAAUUAUCUGCAAUAUUUGUUUGCUGCCAAACAUGAAUACUUGGACAAAUAAAAAGCACAGCGUUCACUGUCAGCCAGAUGUUCAUAUAAUGGGUUGCAUUGAGCGAACUCAAGGAGAUGGUAUGGAAAAUGCAACAAUAGACAAGAUCGAGAUUAAACAGAGUCGAAGUCGUCUAGGAGACACUCUUAUUUACCAUCCCACAAACUUGAAGCAAUUAGGGUCAACAGCUCCGGUCACUCCCAUUGGUACAAUAGUAAACUUGGUGCCAAAAAAUAUUCGUAAUGCAAAACAGGAGAAGCACAUCUUGCACUCCUUGAAAUCAAAAGAACCAAAAUUUGUACCAUACGAACCUUACAAAGCUGCUGUAAAUCCAAUAGUGCCGUUUGAAAAAAGAAACAAAAAAUUACCCAAGAAUAAGUCUAGCUUGAACACCACAGUUACGCAAAUUGCUACGAUGAAGAUUCAAGAUGACGCGAGGAUGAAGGAUAGUAUGAAAGAAAGUAAAGAAAAAACAUCUGAAGAUGAAUGGAACAAUGAGAAAAGAAUAUAUGAGGUUGAAAUUCGUAAGCUGAAAGAGGAAAACAGUCAGCUUGAAACUCAAUUAAAAUUUCAAGCACAGGUCAAUGGAGAAUUAAAAAAUUUGUUGGUUGCUGCAGUGGGAGAGGAUUUAGAAACAAGAGUUCAUUUGUUAACCGAAGAUAAAUUGCAACUUGCGAGAGCUCUCCUAAAUUCGGCCCAAAAUUUGUCAACGCAUCAGGAACAAACGGAAUGGCUAGCAGGCCAGUGUGAAGUUUGGAGAAGUAAAUUUCUAGCUAGUAGCUUAAUGGUGGAAGAUUUGGCAAGAUGGAAAGCUGCGCUCUGCCAGAGAACGACAGAACUGCAGGAAAUUAUGAAACGACUCUUAGAAGAACAUAACGUUAUUCGGGAUACAUCGCUUAAAACAUACAGAAUACUUACGAUCCUACGAGAGAAAUUUGAUUCCAUAGGAACAACGUCCGGCAAGAAACAUGAAUUAGCUAGUACCAAUAUUGUCGAUCUUACACAGGGAUGUUGGCAACUCGCGAAAAUUUUGAAAGUGAGUCUUCUGAGCGGUAUCCCGGAGUCAGAAUUACAGAAAGAACUGAAUAUAACUGGUUUAGAUAUGAAAACACUCGCUGAGAACAACGCGGAGAAGUUGUUGAUGAAUCAAAAAUUACCUAUGACUGGGAGAGAAGAUGUUGCCUGUACCGCAGUGAUGGGAGCGGCGGUCGCGGUCGGCGGACAAAUGUUUCUUCCCCAAUGCGACGUGAAUAAUAUGACAUGUUGCCCACACUGCAGUGGCGAGAUUAAACAGAUUUGAAAAUAAUUCCACUUUUAUACAAUCUUCUACAUAUAUGUAUAAUAUCUUUUUAUACUAAAUAUACAAGUAUUUUUUCAUCUGGUGCCAAAAUUUUGUACAGCUACAUCUUUAAUUAUUCUGUUUCUUUAGUGAAACAAUCAGUGAUAAUAUUUAUAUAUUAUACGUUAUAAUUUUACAUCAUUUUAAAAAAUUAGUCUGCUCUUGUAAACAUCAGUAAUCUAAGAAUUCUCUUGUAUAACCUGGUGUUUCAUCACUAUAUUUCCUAAUUUAUUUGUAAACGUAUAUUUUCUGCUUGUAUAAAUUAUAUAAUUUAUUUAAAAUAA